AUGUCCUUCGACACGACACCGACCCCCUCAUUCAACGCCUCCGAUCCUCACGCGCGGUUUCUAAAUUCCUCAUGUCUUGAUCUCCUACUCAUUGAACUGGUGCCCAUGGCCGAACGAUUAGUUCAGGAACUCGAUUCCAAGAAUUCAUCCGAUGAAACAAACGGCGUCAAGGUAUUAGAUGACGAAGAGUUGAGAGAAGCUGCCUUCUAUAGGCUAGAAAGUCUAGGAUACCGUGUUGGACAGGGUUUAGCGGAGCGUUUCUCCCGCGAUCGUCCACGCUUCACUGAUAAUCUCGACGUAAUCAAAUUCCUGUGCAAAGAUAUGUGGACAAUUCUUUUUAGAAAGCAGAUAGAUAACCUGAAAACAAACCACCGAGGCGUAUAUGUUCUUACAGAUAACUCAUUUCGACCCUUUCAGCGUAUGAGUAUGGCGGUUCGAAGCGAAGCUGUGUCUAAAGCACAAAUGCACUUAUGGUUCCCAUGUGGUAUCAUUCGCGGAUUAUUGGCAAAUUUAGGUAUCAGUGCUACAGUGCAGGCCGAGUCGGCGGAUUUACCUGGUGCCACGUUUCAAAUCAAGACAAGCCCUCCAAAAUCAUGA